AUUACGUUUUAGUUUUUCCUGCAUCUGCACUUGGUUUAGUUGUGUUGUUUCAUCAUAAUACUAUAGAGAUGGUGUCUAUCACACAAAUGAUUAAAUAAUCAUUAUUACAAAGCAGUGUAAUUGAAUAUUAAUUUGUGUGGUUUUUAUUUCGAAAUAUUCUCUAUUAAAACUUUAUCAACAUUUAUUAACGUAAUAACAAUUGCAAAUAAAUUGUGAUUUUAAACAAAAUGCUUUCACUUUUCGGCCGUACACUACAACGUAGUGUAGUGGUCAUAAAUUCUAUUAAAUUUCCUGUUGGCAAUAUCUGUAAGUUUGUUCUAGACUCCUACAAGCCUCACCAUCAUUUGUUUAGAGCAGCUAUUUUUGUUGACCCAAUAAUUUCAAAACAAUAUCGAUAUUUUUCGUCAGAUUCAUCUAAAAAUAUGGAAAAUAAAACAGAAAAAAUAUCUGUUGACAAGGAGGAACUUAGAAAACGUUUAACACCUUUACAAUAUCAAGUUACACAAGAAGCUGCUACCGAAAGACCUUUUACAGGCUGCUACAAUAAACACUAUGAAAAAGGCGUUUAUCAAUGUAUAGUUUGUCAUCAGGAUUUAUUUAGUUCGGAUACAAAAUAUGAUUCUGGUUGUGGUUGGCCUGCUUUCAAUGAUGUCUUAGAUAAGGGCAAAGUUACUUUACAUCGUGACGCCAGUAUACCAGUAGUCAUUUCAAAAAUGCUAGGCAUGGUACGCACCGAAGUGCGUUGUUCCAAAUGCAGUGCUCAUAUGGGUCAUGUAUUUGAUGAUGGUCCGCCACCGAAAUAUCUACGUUAUUGCAUCAAUUCUGCCUCAAUUGACUUUGUACCGCUAACGCAACAAAAUCCACAAAUGCCAACAAAGUCAACAACCAACAAUCAUGCUGGCUCCAAUAUACAAACAAAACCAAACGCCUCCUCUGCCUCUGCCUCCUCCACUAGUUCAAUUCAACAAAAUAAAAAAUAAGUCAAAUACAAUAUUCAAUUUCAAUAUUAAAUUGUAUAAUAAUUACUAUUAUUAUAACUAUUAUUAUUGUAGUUUGAAGAAGAGAUAUUUUGAAAACAAUUAAAACAUAUUAUGCAAUAAAAUUUGCCAUUUAUAAAGCUUAUAUUUCAUUAAUAUGCAUUUUCAAAAACAUUUUUGGUUUUUGUCACUCAUCAAAUGUGUCUUAGGAAUAAAUAAUUCAUAUUCAUUCAUUAACAUUUUCAUUUAAUAUAAAACGCUUUAUUUUGGUGGUGUCAUGCUCAGCAUUCAAUUGCGUUUCAUUAAUAAAUGUUUGUGUGUUUUAUUUUGUUUUAAAAAUUGUAUAGUAAUUAGAAACAUAUCAAAGGCGUGUUAUUUUCGUUAAAUAUUGUUUGUUAAUUGUGUUUUUUUUUCUUUAACUUUUAUUUGCAUUUUGAAAAAUUUUGCUUAAGCUCGAUUUUUUUUUAUUGUUUAAUUUUAAAGUUUACUGCAGUAAUAGUAUAAGUUACAAGAAUCUAAUUUUAAAAUUUAUUAAUGGUUUUGUUUUUAGCCAUAAUGUUAUAACUAAUUUGUAAAUUUUAAAUAAUUUAAUAAAAUUUAAAUUUGUUUUUCAAAUGCAAAAGUUUUGAGUAAAAAUACAAGUAAAAUGUUUACUCAAAGUACUCGCUCAUUAUAUAAAAACAAUACAUCAGUUUUAUUAUUACUGCAGUAAAUCUUUUAAUUAUUUAUGUUGUUUUUAAUGAAAUUUUUAAAUAAUAUUUUAAGAUUUUAAAGAAACUUAUAUUAAUUUUUACAAUUUUCUAGCUGUUAACUGAUAGUUAGUUAAAGCAUUAGAGCGAUUUCCAAAAAAUUCUGCUAUCUGUAUAACUAUGUUGGUAUAAAAGAAAGUCUAAUUGUACCAGCAAAACGUUAUACAUGCAUCUAUAGCCUUUAUCUUGACCGUAGUCCAUUUACCAAUAUCUUUCUGUCCGUCCAUCCGUUUGUUUGUUACAAACAUUUUUCAAAAAAUCUGUAAUAUUAUUCAUGUUUAAAGUUAUGUUUUAAUUAAAAAAAUUAAAAAAACCCUUUUAAUAAAAAUUUCUUU